AUGUCCAUCUCCUCCCUCAAGGGCCUCCUGUCCAGCUACUCGCCCAUCUCCGAAUACUCCCCCGACCUCGAAAAAGAGUACCAGCUCCCCCUACAACAUGACUCCAGCGACGUCGAGUCCAGCUCCGGCCAGUCGAAAUCCAGCCUGUCGGAGAAGAAAGAGUCGCGGUUCUUUGACGGCCGGACCGUCUCCGAUGCCAUCAUCGGGCUGUCCGACGGCAUGACGGUGCCGUUUGCUCUCACGGCAGGUCUCUCCGCGCUCGGCGACACCAAGGUGGUGGUCUUUGGCGGACUGGCGGAGCUGAUCGCGGGUGCGAUCUCGAUGGGAUUGGGAGGAUAUUUAGGUGCGAAGAGUGAAGAACAAUCCUACCACGCGACCUACAAAGAAACCGAAACCGAAACCAUGACGAACCCAUCCUCCACUUCAGACACCAUCGCCGACAUCUUCGCGCCCUACGACCUCCCACCACACCUCGUCUCCGAGCUCACAACGCACCUCUCGACCUCCCCCAUGCUACCGUCCUUCCUCAUGAACUUCCACCACACGAUGCCCGAGCCGUCGGGGUCGCGCGCCUUUGUCUGCGCCCUCACCAUCGCCCUGGGCUACUUCAUCGGCGGGUUCGUGCCGCUGGUGCCGUAUUUCUUCGUCGGGCCGACCGAGGCCUUCGUCGCGCUGCGGUGGUCCAUCGCUACUAUGGUCGUGGCGCUGUUCGUGUUCGGGUACGGCAAGACGUGCUUCGUGAGCGGGUGGAAGGGGAAGAGGAAUGUGCGCGGUGGGAUGGUCGGCGGCGUGCAGAUGGUCCUGGUGGGUGGGAUUGCGGCCGGGUCGGCCAUGGGGUUGGUCAAGGGGUUUCAGAUGUUGGCGACGAAUUCGUAG